AUCGUAGAACUCGAGAGCAGAAUCGGAGAGCUCCUUUGCGUUAGCCUAGCUAGCUAGCCUUCCAACCAGUCCCCAUGUCAUGCGGAACUGAGACAGAUAGCUGAAAACAUAAAGCUGUUGUAUUCUUUAUUUUUAGUUUGCGAUCUGCGAUCGUUCGGAAAUGUUAGUGUCCACGUGGAAUUUUCUUAAGCGCCAUAAAAGGAAAUUUAUUUUCGCUGGGGCUGUUGUUGGAGGUGUUUAUCUUUUGGGUAAGUAUGCGCAAUGGAAAAUUAGAGAGAUUCAGGAGCGGGAAGCAGCAGAAUAUAUCUCCCAAGCCAGACGUCAGUAUCACUUCGAAAGCAACCAGAGAACGUGCAACAUGACAGUCUUAUCGAUGCUACCUACCCUGAGAGAAGCCAUCAUACAAAAUCUAAAUUCAGAGAGCCUCACGACAUUGCUGAAGAACAAGCCAGCCAAUAAACUGGAGAUCUGGGAGGAUCUGAAGAUAAUAAGUUUCACUAGAAGCAUAGUGGCCGUUUACAGCACCUGCAUGUUAGUUGUUCUUCUCCGUGUCCAGCUCAACAUAAUUGGUGGCUACUUGUAUUUGGAUAACUCCGUCAGCAAGAAUGGAGUGACUCCCCAAGCCCCGCCCGAUGUACAACAGCAGUACCUCUCCAGCAUCCAGCAUCUCCUAGGUGAUGGGCUGCAUGAAUUGAUGACUGUAGUGAAACAAGCUGUACGAGAAGUUAUAGGCAGCAUUUCCCUGAAACAGAGCCUGUCCCUGCAGGAGCUGGAGCAGCACUUAAACCAGAUCAGAGCACACAUAGAGAAGGGUGGCAGCUCCUCCACACGAAAGCCUCUGUCCUGGUACAUGAUGCCAGAUGAGGAGAGCACACUGGCUGCCCAGGCCUGUGGCCUGACAGAGAAUGACAUUGCAACUAUAAAGCUGCUGAAUGAGACCAGAGAUAUGCUGGAAAGCCCAGACUUCCAUACUGUUCUCAACACCUGCCUGAGUCGAGGCUUCAGUCGUUUCCUGGACAACAUGGCCGAGUUCUUCCGCCCCCAGCAGGGAGACGCCAGCCACUGCAGUGCACCUGAUAGCCUAACGCAUGUCAGUCUACCACUUGCCAAAAUUAUCCCCAUUGUAAAUGGACAGAUACACUCGAUAUGCAGUGAAAUACCAAGUCACUUUGUUCAGGACCUUCUUAUGAUUGAGCAAAUGAAGGAGUUUUCUGCCAAUGUGUAUGAAGCAUUCAGCAGCCCCAACGAACAGCAGAAAUAACCAACAGAGACGCAGGUGCACUAAUAACAUUCCUGACAGAUCUCCUCCGUGCAGGGGCCUCAGCAUAUCUCAGCAUGACUCUCUGUCCUUAUGCAUUUGGAAUGAGGGGAAAAAAACAGACUUGCACUCCCUGCUUUGAGGGAAAUGUCCAAGCAAGGAAAGGGGUUUUGGAGCCAUCGGUCUUCACCUCAGAGUUUGUUGAAGUUACAGCUCUGCUCUCAGCUGGAGGAAUGUCCGAUGUGGAAUGUAGUUCAGCACCUCAGUCCCCAAGAGUGGAGACUUCCAAGCUCAAGGCACCCUGAAUGCUGAAAAAUCCACCGUUUUGGCCCAUUACAUGUCAUCCUAAUAGCCCCAGGACAUGCCUAAGAUAUGAUAAAACCACCCUUCCUGAAGCCAACCCUCAUAAUUUAAUAGCUAGCUGCUGUAGCAGUCGUAAGCGUAGACAUCAGCAAGCAUUUUCUGUACUUUUCUAACACAGUAUGUAUACACUACAGCGUUCAGUAGAGUGGUUCAGGUGUUGAAUCUGCCCAUGGUGCGAGUUUGUGAUAAUGUCUAUGUUUUAUUUCCACAUACAGCAGCACCAACCAAGUUUAACGAUUUGUGUUGAUCACUGAUGUUUGAACUCCUAGGCAACUUGUCCAGGAUCACUGGUGCGACGUCACAAACCAUGUUAGCAGAGCGGAUUAGAUGGUACCAUGUAAAGUGCCAACAGGUACCAUUGUAUAGGAUAUCUGUCUUUUUUUUUUUUCUUCCUUUUGAAAUUGCAUAGAGCUUUGGAGGACACACCACUGAUGGUGUAUUUGGCACAAUUCUAAAUUGUACACUUGUUUGAAGGGAGAAGCUACAGGGGAGUGUCAUGGUUGUUUUUCAUGUUUUUCCUACGUUUCUUAUUGUGGCUCUAAAUAUUUAAAAAGGUGGAAAGAA